AAGCUGUAUUUGAUUUCCCCUGUUUUGAUUUGUUAACCAAGUCAACCGCCAAUCCAAACGAAACGACCGUUCUUUUCUUUUUUUUUUUUUGCUCCGGCGAUAACCAACGACUGGGUAUACUAUGACACAUCAGGGCAUCGGCUGCUUGGUCAAGUGGUUCUAUUUGGUGCUGAUCGUGCACACGCUCCUCUGUAUCGGCCAGCUCGAGUGUCGCCAACACCACAAUCGGAAUAACAAUAACAAUAACAGAAGAUCGGACUCGUCCAGUUCAGAAGAGAACCAUGGCAACACCAGCGAUGGACUGGAAAAUUUUCCGGACCAAGACAGCGAUUUAGUUGGCCACCAGCCUCGACGGGGUCAGCGGAAGAAACAACAAGGCGGCGGCGGAGGAGCUAAUGGCAGCGGUGCCGGAAACGGAGGAGGCAGUGGCAACCGGCACAAUCGUAACGAGGAGAGCGGAAUCUCGCUAUGGAUCAACGAACAGCAGCUCAAGAUGCUGACCGCGCUCUACUUCCCGCAGGGAUACUCGGAACGCCUGUACGCCAUCCACAACAGCCGGGUGACAAACGACCUGCGCGACACCACGCUGUAUAAUUUCCUGGUGAUCCCCUCCGAGGUGAACUACGUGAAUUUCACGUGGAAGUCAGGGCGCCGAAAGUAUUUCUACGACUUUGACCGUCUGCAGACGAUGGACGAGAGCAUACUAAAGGCGCCGACGCUGUCAAUCCGCAAGAGCGGACGUAUACCGCAGGAACAGAAGAAUUUUAGCAUCUUCUUGCCCUGCACUGGCAACAGUUCCGGCACAGCGUCCUUCAACGUCGGGCUUAAGAUACAAACGCGCCACAAUAAGCCGCUCUCUGGCACACCCAUUCGCCUCAACUUCAAAAAGGAAUGCGCCCACAGAGGUGUGUAUGAUAUAGACGCUUCCAACCCUACUUCACUAACAACUUUGCAAGCUCCCGAUCCAGAAUGCAGCUUGAAGUGCGGCAAGAACGGCUACUGCAACGAGCACCACAUCUGCAAGUGCAACGUGGGCUACACGGGCCAAUACUGCGAAACGGCCUUCUGUUUCCCUCAGUGCCUCAACGGCGGCAACUGCACAGCGCCGUCUAUCUGCACCUGUCCGGAGGGCUACCAGGGCACCCAGUGCGAAGGUGGUAUUUGUAAGGAUAAGUGCCUGAAUGGCGGCAAGUGCAUACAGAAGGACAAGUGCCAGUGUUCCAAGGGUUACUACGGCCUGCGCUGCGAGUACUCCAAGUGCGUAAUCCCAUGCAAAAAUGAGGGCAGGUGCAUCGGGAACAACAUGUGCCGCUGUCCCAAUGGACUACGGGGUGAUCACUGUGAGAUUGGACGCAAACAAAGGUCCAUUUGCAAGUGCCGCAAUGGCACCUGCCUCUCCCACAAGCACUGCAAGUGCCAUCCGGGAUUCUAUGGUCGCCACUGCAACGGCCGCAAGCGACGACAUGCCCACAGAAACGAGGACUCCAAGUUUUAGGCUUCCUGGCGCACAAUCCAUUGUAAUAUUCAUUCAACUUUUACACUUUUCUAUUAAAAGCACAACAACAACAGCGACAAAAGGAUGAAACAAAAAUAAUUCUAAUUGUGAUAAAAUUUUUUUGUAAUUUAACAUAACACUUUUAAUUAAAAACAAAAUCUAAGAGUUGAUGGGCGCUAAUCGCUUAAUUAUUUCGAAGGUCGGUUAAGGUGA